UUUGGAGGGGUCAUUAGCGGAAGUGCUGUUUUCAGUUAAGCGAUGUUGUGACAGUUGUGUUGUUUUUGCUGCCCACGUUUCCUCUGCCACCGUGUACCGAGCUGACAGCGACCGGUGUGACAGUAUGGAUAACACACACACACUCCCACUGCUCUAUAAAACCACAGACACUCACACACACCUGCACACACAUCGACAGAAACAGCACGAGCUGAUCACCGCGAGGAGGAACUUACCACCACGAACAUGGGCGUCAUUAUUUCACAGAUCUUCUCCAGGUUCACCUACAAGACACCUGUACGGAUUUUAAUGGGUGAGAAUUCAUUUAUUUUUAUUUUAAAUUCAAACUUUUAUCAUUUCUUUUUACCAAAUAUUAAAUCAUUUAUUGUGUAGUCUUUUGUUAUGUUCAUGCACAACAGUUACGCUUGAAUGAACAUUUUAUUUCAUUGUCAAAGAAAAAAAAAUCCGAUUUGAAAAUAAAGAUUAAUCCCAAAGAUUACUAUUAAUUUACUGUAUGAUGUGUAUUUGCGAGUAUAUGGUGAGAGGAUUCGCUGAUAAUGCUGUUGAAAACUUCCAGUUUAGCUGACCGUUGCUAAGAAGGACAGACCGUUGCUAGGCAUUAGGCGCCAAUCACAGUUCGGCAGGAUGUGUCUGAACCAUAUUGAUGCCCACAGACAAGUAUUGUUAACGGGGUGAUAUUUGUUUAAGGUGGAAAACAAGGAUGUGGCAAACAGAGGAAUUGAAUUGUCAAAGAUUGUUUUUUUUUUUCAUGUACACUGUAACUGUUGAGCAGACUCUUGAGCACUUUUACUACCAGUUAAAGUAAACUUUUUUUUUUUUUUUUUACAAUAACAUUGUUUCGUCCUACAUUUCUUCCUUUUGUGUGUGUUUGUGUCUGCAGUGGGUCUGGAUGCAGCCGGUAAAACCACUCUGCUGUAUAAACUGAAGCUGGCUGAGGUGGUCACCACCAUCCCAACUAUCGGUUAGUCUUCAGUAUUAUCUGCUGAUGUGAACAUACAAACGAAUAUUUUUUAAAAACCCUCAAACAUUAAAAAUGAACUUCUCUGUGUUCAAAUAUUUUUAGGGUUCAAUGUGGAGACAGUGGAGUACAAGAACAUCAGUUUCACAGUUUGGGAUGUUGGCGGUCAGACAAUCAUCAGACCUCUGUGGAGACAUUAUUUUGUGAACACUCAGGUAAGAUGAUCAUUUCUACUAUCACUAAUGUCACUGUUAUAAAAGCAGUUUAUAUGAGCCAGUAAGGAGACGUUUGCUGUGAUUUCUGUCUGUUUUUCUUCAGGGUUUGAUAUUUGUAGUCGACAGCAAUGACCCAGAGAGGAUGAAAGAAGCUGCUGAUGAGCUGCACAAGAUGGUACACGCAAUAUUUCUUACACAGAUGUUUAUUAUGGAGAGGAAAUCCAUGUUGAUGCGUUUUUAUGGUUUACAAAAAUAAACAAAACAGAGAAGUUACAAACUGGAUCUUUCACCUAUCAACAGAGGGACCUAGUAAUUACAAAUGUUGAAUCAGAUUGUUUUUUGUCGAAAUUUAAAUAUUAGGAAGUAUUUUAUGUUUAAGGAAGCACAUCACAUUAUUUUUUUAAAUGAACACCUGGUUUCAAUGAUAAUUUAAGCAUUUUUCGUUUGUUUGUUUGUUUGUUUUUCUGCCUCACAGUUGGAGGAGGAUGAGCUGAGGGGCGUGGCCGUACUAGUCCUUGCAAACAAACAGGAUUUACCAAGAGCCAUGUCAGUCAGUGACAUCACAGAGGCUCUGAGCCUAUCAGCAGUCUCACAGCCGGUUAGUGUCCAAGUCAAAAACCCAUCCCGAAUCCUUAGUUUGUUUUGAUUCAUGAUUGUUGCUGAGUUUAUGUUAUUUUCAUUGUUUGAACUGCAGCUAGUGUCUGUCUCCGUCCCUCUGUGUGUCUGCAGUGGUUCGUCCAGGCCUCCUGUGCCGUCAGCGGAGCAGGUCUGGCUGAGGGUCUGGAUUGGCUUUCCAACCAGAUCCAGAAACAGGGAUGAGACCCUCUUGUGUUUUGCAUUAAUCUGUGUACUGCUGAGUCUUCAAACACAUCAGGCGAUCUAUUAUGAGCCUUCAAUCCUGGAGGAACAUGAAGGACAGACUCCUGACUCAAUGAGCAGAAUAGGAACAGAGGGACUUUGUUUUUAUUGAACAGGAUGAAAACACAGGAGUCCUACCUCUGAUCAGCCAUAUAACACAGGAAAUUUAAAGUAAACAGCCACACCUAUAACUUUAAGAUUGGCUGCUCUUGGGUGUUAAAAAACAUGUAAAAAUCCCAUAAUCCUGAGAAUAACUCACACUAUUGCCUUAUAAUAAUUGUCUUUGUUGCACUGAAGAAAAUUAUUGCACUAAAAUAAACAUAAUUAAUACACUAGAAUAAAUUGAAUGUAGAUAUAAAUAAAAUUACUGCACUGGGUUCUGUACAGUAAAAUCAUAUUGCAUGUGGGAGUUCAUGCUGUGUUUAAGGCUCACAGAAAACUCUGUAGGUCAGAGUUUCUCUCUUAAAAUCACUUUGAAGUUCAUAGUUAGAGCUGUAGAUUCAGGGACUUAUUAAAUAUAACCUUUGUUGACAGUUGUUCUGCAGUGAAGUUAUAACGGUUAAGGAUUGAGUGUAAACCCUCCGAAUGAAUCUGCCUCUUUUCAGCUGAAUUUAUUCCUGUUGAGACAAAUGUGUGCAUGUUUUCCCAAAUAUCAAGAUAAUAUCAAUGCAAUCAGACAGUCAGACCACGGUGUGACUGUGUUUUGGGUAAUUACACUAUUAUAAUUAUCACUUUUAUAUUUAAAUCACUGUACAGCAGAAAUUUAAUGAUUUCACACCUUUGUGUAAUGGAGACUUAAAAUUCCCUCUUUAUUGUCAUGUAUUUUUCUCUCUUUUUAUGCUGCCUCUAUGAAACACUUUGUAGCUCCACUUUGAAGGAUUACUCAGAAAUUAAAGGUUGUUGUUGUGAGUUUAAGUACUCAUCUACUCACACGUUUACAGUGUGUUUACAGUUGCUGUCGUUUGUUUGUGUGUUUCAUGUUUUUUCUGCACCUCUAUGUUUUGCAGAUGAGCUCAGUUAUUGAACGCAAAUGUAUUUUUGUAUUUUUGAAAUGAUUUGUUUUAUUUAUUAUACAAUAAAGUUAUCAUGGUGGCCA